GGUACAUUCGAUAAAAAUCUUGAAAACCAUUUCCAUUCCAACCUUAAAUCAUACAUUCCAACAAGACUUAUAUAAGCAUUUAAACUAAAACCAAUUAUUUUUUAAAAACAAAAACAGCAGAUCAACAUAGAAUUUAUUAGAAUCAAUGGUUUUAAUCUAUAAACUUUAAUCAAACACCAUAUGUCAAGCACCUUUGUGAUUCCCUGGCCAUCCAUAUCCAAUAGGUAUCCAAUCAUAAUCUAUGGUUAUCAGUGGUGAUUCCCAAGGAUUAUCAUUAGGAUUUGUUGUUUUUUUUAUUUUAUUGGUCAAUAACAAUUAUUUAAUUUAAACAGUGGUUUAUUUAAAGUUCAUUUAUCUUAUGUUUAUUUUAUUCAUUUGUAUUAACAAAUUAUUCUUAACUGUGUUAUUGUAAUAGUGAGGAGAUAUUUUUCAAAGCUAUAUAACAAAUAUGGGCUCAUCUGAAAGCAAAUCAUCUGUUGUAAUACGAGACAAUGUGGAUGAAACAAAAAUAUCAACCCCAGAUCAAUUGCAAUAUACUUUCUUUGAGGCUCCACAAGAAGGUUGCUGUUUUUUUGGUAUUAAAGCUGCACACGAUGCUUAUAUUGCACUUUCGUCAAAUCAAAUUGAUCCAGAAUAUGAAAUAUUAAUUGGAACAUCAUAUAAUACGAGAACAAUUAUUAAAAAAAAAAAAACAGCAGUAAUAAAGACAUUUGUGCCAAACAUUCUACAUAAAGAUGAAGUACGUUAUUUUUGGCUUAAAUGGAAAAACAAUAAACUGUUAUUAGGACGUAAAGAUGAACAACAAGCAUUUGCUAAUUUCAUUGAUUAUGAAAAUAUUCCCAUAAAUUACUUUGGAAUAUGUACGUAUGGAUCAACUGGUACCUGGAUUAUUAAAAAGAAGUAUGAGAUAGAAUCACAAGCUGAGCCAAGCAAUGCAAGAAAUGAACCAUCUACAUCAGGAACUGCAAAUAAUACAGGAUAUUCAUCUAAAUAUUCAUAUUCAUCUGUUGAUUUCCCACAUACAGAAAAUAAGACAAAAAUAUAUGAAGACUUGACAAGAAAAAAACUAAACACUGAUGUAGAAAAUACUAGCAAAAUUAAUAAUAACAUUACAAAUACACUAAACAAUAAUAAAACCAAUCCAGUCAAUUAUGUUGAUAAUUUCAAGAAUUUAAAUAUUAAAAAUAGUUGUGAUGAACGCCAAGGUUCUACAAGUAAUGAUACCUUAGAACGUUUAGAAAAAUUUUUUCUGGAAAGUACAAUGAAUAUGAAACAAAAUCAAACAUCUAAAGAUAAAAGUAGAAAACAUCACCAUCGUGAUAGGAAAAACAACUCUAAUAUGAACAGAAAGCCCCAUAGUAGUUCCAACAAAAGCGAUUUCAAGAAUAAAACUGAAUGUGACAGUAUCAUAAGUUUUGAUAAACUACUUGAAAUAAGUCGAAUGAGUCCUCAGCUUAUUCUUGUUGAAUUACAGGCAUACAAAUUUGAACGUUUAUUUGAAAUAAAACUUAAAAAAAGUUAUAUUAAUAUCAUACUAAACAUUCUAUCAAAAUUAUGCCAAGCUGAUUUUCUUGUUACUAAAAGAUCAGUUAUCACAGGUUUCUUUUCAAAGGAAGUUUUUCGUAAGCAACUCCUUGAUUAUAUGCUUCACAUGAGAUUACAGUCUGAUGCGGAUUACAACAAGCAUUCGCGACACCACAAUGAAAUGUGGGAGUCGCUAUAUAUUGUUUGUAAAACUGCUGCAACUAUCCCAGCUGAAUUGCAAGCAGGAUAUUUAGAAAAUUUGGUUUUUGAGUGCCAAAAUACCUUAGAGGCGUUGUUGCCUAGGGAUGGAAGUCGUAAACACGUUUUAGAGAAGUUUAGAAAAUUAAAAGAAUUCGUAUAUUUUGAGACAAGAAGACGUCCACUAAUGUAAGAUGAAAACGAUUGUCAUAAUUGUAAUCGUUUUCAAACCUUUGGUAAUUAAUUAAAAUCGAAAAUAAUAGUUACUGCAAUAUGUGCGAGGUAUUUUGAACACCAUCUUUUGUAUGGCUACUAUUUUCUUGUUAUCUGAAAUAUACUUUUGUAUUUGUAUGGAACUAUGGAAAUGAAUUGCCUUAUUUUUAAAAUACUAUUUAGAAAGAACUAGGGUCAAUAAGUAAGUUAAGAGAGAUAAGUUUUCUAACAAAGUUUUGUUGAUCGUUUAUUGUUUUUGCACUUAUUUUAAUAAUUACUAAUAAUCAUAACAUGCAGGAUCACAUUCUUUUUUUGAGCUUUCUUGUUAUGAUAUGGUUUAUAUUUAGUGAAUAAAAGAACCAAUUUUAUUCUUUUAGAUUACAGAUUUUUAUAUGCAUUUAUGAGAAAAACAUUUCUUAGAACUUAAAUAGUAUCAAUAAAUAUAUCGAUUAUAAUGGGAAAAUACAGAAAAAAAAGGUUAAGAGUAUGGCCUUUAAAAACAUCUAUUAAAAAAUAUUUCAUGUAACAAAAAAUUUAAAUGGAUGUGAUAUGGUUAUACUAUGUGUUUUUUUUUAUUACUUGUUAAGAAUUAUUACACUAUUAAGGGAAUCACUGGAACUGAGUGCCAUUAAAAAAAUUAAAAUUAUGUUAUUUUACAUAAUAUAAAAAAAUAUUGUGGCCUUCAACAACUAAGAAAGUUUGUAUUUCGUAAGUUCUUAUACAUUUAAUUGUAUCAUUGUUUGGGGGAUAAUAAAAAACAAAAAGAAUAA